AUGUUGAUGCACGCUUCCGAUGCUGAGACGCUCAACUCGAUCCGGCUGGCCCUGGGUCGAGAGGAGCAGCAGAUCCGUGUCAACGACUCGACCUCGCGCGAGACCUACGACCUGACCCUCUCACGCUCCGCUCCCUAUGCCUCGCCGCUCGUCUCGAGGACCGGGACCCCUCCAAACGCCAACGUCCCGGGCCACCAGAGCAGCGGUUCGACGGGGCAUCGCAUCCUGAGGCUGCCCCAGCUCGUCAGCAAGCGCGGCUAUGGCCAGAGCGCCGCGGCCUCGUCUCUUGUCACCGCCGCCCCGGUCGCCAACGACGACGAGCCCGUGGCCAACGAAAAGUCUGCCGCUGUCGAGCCGCCGUCCUUGACGCAGCAGAACAGCUUCACGGCCCCUCCGCGACAUCAUCCCAUGGUGGGCGAGCUGCCUCCCUCGCCGCCCCUCGAGGCCGACUACAUCACCGGCAACAAGCAGCCGGGUCUCGCCUCCUCCGCCUUCCAGGCCGUCCGCGGCUCGGCAGACCAGAACGGGCAUCCGCACGACUCUGCGUCCCCGGCCGGGCACAUGGUGCCGCCAAAGGUGCCCGUGCCUCGUCGGGCCUACACGACCAACUUCGGCGACUUUGGCGGCGUCGGUGGAGGCCAGAACGGCAACGACGGCGCACCUGCACAUCAGCCCGCGCGAGCGGCCGCCGCCUCGGGAGACUCCGAAGGCGCCUUGGCGGAAAAGGAGGCCACGGGCCUCAGCGCCCUGACGCGGUCCAGGACCGGCCGCGAAGCCCGGCAACGCGGCGACGAUCACGCCCACCACCACCACAACAACGACGAGCCCAAGGUCCUUGUCGGCAACCUGAUUGGCGAGGACCACGCCAACUACGUGCUCAUGUACAACAUGCUGACGGGCAUCCGGAUCGGCGUGUCGCGAUGCCAGGCCAAGUCGAAGCGGGCGCUGACCGACGCCGACUACGCGGCCAAGCACAAGUUCACCUUCGACAUCAUCGGCAAUGAGCUGACUCCCUCGGCCAAGUACGACUUCAAGUUCAAGGACUACGCGCCCUGGGUGUUUCGCGAGCUGCGCGAGUACUUCCACCUGGAUCCGGCCGACUACCUCCUCUCGCUGACGUCCAAGUACAUCCUCAGCGAGCUCGGCUCGCCCGGCAAGAGCGGCUCCUUCUUCUACUUUUCGCGCGACUACCGCUUCAUCAUCAAGACGAUCAGCCACGGCGAGCACAAGUUCCUGCGCCGCAUCCUGCGCGACUACCACGAGCACAUCAAGGCCAACCCGCACACGCUGCUCAGCCGCUUCUACGGCCUCCACCGCGUCAAGCUGCCCCACGGCCGCAAGAUCCACUUUGUCAUCAUGAACAACCUCUUCCCGCCCCACCGCGACAUCCACGAGACCUACGACCUCAAAGGCAGUUCCAUCGGACGGGACUACCCCGAGGAGAAGGUGGCGACCAAGAAGGGCGCGGUGAUGAAGGACCUCAACUGGCUGCGGCGCAACCGCGAGAUCCAGCUGGGCCCCGAGAAGCGUGCGCUGUUCGAGGCGCAGCUCAAGAGCGACGUGGCGCUGCUGCAGCGGCUGCGGAUCAUGGACUACUCGCUCCUCAUUGGCCUGCACGACAUGCGACGCGGCAACAAGGAAAACAUCCGGCAGGAUGCGCUGCGCGUCUUCCAGCCCGAGACAAAGGAGCUGCGCCGCCAGCCGACGCAGGUCAAGCGCGGGCCGGGCGGCGGCGAAAAGGACGCGCUGGCGCUGCGCGAGGCGGUGCGGCGGUCGGAUCCCAAGGCGCUGGGCGCGCAGCAGGUGACCAAGCUGCCCGACCGCGACUCGAGCGAGCGGCGCUACUUUGUCUUCUACCAGGACGAGGGCGGGCUGCGCGCCACCGACCAGGACAACAACCCGACCGACAUGAUCUACUACCUGGGCGUCAUUGACCUCUUUACGCCGUACACGACGUUCAAGCGCGGCGAGCACUUCUGGAAGGGGCUCUCGCAGAACAAGCACAUGAUCAGCGCGGUGCCGCCCAAGGAGUACGGGCAGCGCUUCAUCGACUUCCUGUGCAGCGUCAUUACGGGCGGCGACAAGAGCCGGCGGCCCAAGAUGUACGGCUACACCGACUGA